AUGCGCAUCACGGAACUCAUCAUCGACGGCUUUAAGUCGUACGCCGUCCGCACGGUAAUCAGCGAGUGGGACGCGACCUUCAACGCCAUCACCGGUCUCAACGGCUCCGGCAAAUCCAACAUCCUCGACGCCAUCUGCUUCUGUUUGGGAAUCGGCCGCUUCGAACUCUUGCGCGCGAAUGGCGGGGCCAGCGACCUCAUCUACAAGCGUGGCCAGGCCGGUAUCACGAAAGCGAGCGUCACGCUGGUCUUCGACAAUGCAGACAAACCCAGGAGUCCGAUCGGGUUCGAGGACUAUGCGAGCAUCAGCGUCACGAGACAGAUCGUGCUGGGCGGGACCAGCAAGUACCUCAUCAAUGGACACCGUGCGCAGCAGCAGACCGUGCAGAAUUUGUUCCAAAGCGUGCAACUGAACAUCAACAAUCCCAACUUCUUGAUCAUGCAGGGGCGGAUCACAAAGGUGUUGAACAUGAAGAGCACGGAGAUUCUGGGUAUGGUGGAGGAGGCAGCAGGUACGCGCAUGUUUGAGGACAGGCGAGAGAAGGCGAUACGGACAAUGGGCAAGAAGCAGAUGAAGGUGGAGGAGAUUGAGGGCUUGCUCAAAGACGAGAUUGAGCCGAAGCUGGACAAGCUGAGAAAUGAGAAGCGGGCGUUUCUUGAAUUCCAGAGCACGCAGAACGAUCUGGAGCGCUUGACGAAACUGGUGGUGGCAUAUGACUACGUCAAGUCAAAACAAAAGCUACAGCAGAGCGCACAAGAUCUGACGUCGAAGAAGGAGCGAGCGGCUGAGCUGGAAGAUAACGCCGACAAGCUGCGACGAGAGAUUGGUGUGCUCGAAGAGGAUAUGGAGAAGGUACGGGCUGCGCGUGACAAAGAAUUGCGCAAGGGCGGCAAGUUUGCGAAACUGGAAGAGGCUGUCAAGACGCAUUCGCAUGAGAUGGUCCGGCUAUCGACUGUGAUCGAUCUCAAAAAGGCGUCAAUGAGUGAAGAAGAGGAGCGGCUGAAGAAGGCCAAAGCGUCGGUGAAGGAUCUUGAGAAGCAGCUGAAGCAGAAAUCGGAGGCGCAUCAAAAGCUGCAAGAGCAAUAUGAGGGAUCCAACCGAGAGGUCGAGGAGCAGAAAGCGGAAGUCGACAAGAAGGAGGAGCUAUUGCAGACUCUCCAAACUGGUAUUUCUUCAAAUGCUGGCUCGGAUGGAGGCUACGCAGGUCAGCUGGCGUCUGCUCGAGACGGUGCCAGUAAAGCAGGAACAGAGAUCGAGCAGUCAAAACUGAAGAUCAGCCAUCUGGAAUCACGCAUCCAGGAAGACGAGCCUCGGACGAAGAAAGCUGAAAAGGAGAAUGCUGGCCUUUUGAAGGAUCUGGAGCUUCUACGAUCGCAGGCCGGCAAGCUGGAGAAGGAACUAGAGAAGCUCGGAUUUGAGCCUGGUCGCGAGGAAGCUCAGCAAGGAGAGAAGACACAGUUGGAGAAGCGCAUCCGGGCAUUGCAAGGCGAGGCAGAUGCAUUACGGCGAAAGGUGGCUGGUCUGGACUUCUCCUACUCCGACCCGUCGCCCAACUUCGACCGCCGGCGGGUCAAAGGUCUCGUUGCACAGCUGUUCAAUCUUCCCACCGAGCAUGCCGAAGCCGGGACUGCACUGGAAAUCUGCGCUGGUGGCCGCCUUUACAAUGUUGUCGUUGAUUCCUCAGACACUGGUAAACAACUGCUCGAGAAUGGUAAGCUGCGAAGACGAGUCACCAUUAUACCACUGGACAAGGUCGACGCACGACGAGCGCCAAAUGAUCGAGUCUCGGCUGCGCAGAAGCUGGCGCCUGGGAAGGUGAACCUUGCUUUGACACUCAUUGGCUAUGAGCACGAGGUUGAGAAGGCGAUGGAGUUCGUCUUUGGCAAUACGCUCGUCGCUGCCGACGCUGCCACUGCGAAGAGAGUCACAUUCGACCCGUCGGUGCGGUUGAAGACCGUCACGUUGGAGGGCGACGUCUACGACCCCAGCGGUACUCUUUCCGGUGGCUCUGCGACGCAGGGUAGCGGUGUGCUCCUUACGCUGCAGAGGCUCAAUGUCAUCACCGAAGAGCUGGAGCUGGAGCAGGAAAAGUUGGCGAAGCUUGAAUGUACUAUCGCGAAAGAUGCGCAGAAGCUCAAAUCGGCAAGGCAGAUCAAGCAGGAGCUGGACUUGAAGGCUCACGAGAUCCAGCUUGCGGAAUCGCAGAUUGCAAGCAACUCCUCCUCUAGCAUCAUUGCUCAAGUGGCAGAGAUGAAGGAGACGAUUGCCGCUUUGAAGGAGAACAUCGAUACUGCGAAGAAGAGGCAGACUGAGGCCGAGCAGGAUGUCAAGCGGAUUGAGAAAGACAUGAAGGACUUCUCGUCGAACAAGAGUGGCAAGCUGGACCAGCUGCAGAAGGAUCUCGACAAGCUGAAGAAGGCGCUAUCGAAGGCUCAAGCCACCAUCAAACCUCUGCAGCAGGAGAUGCGAGACGCCAGAAUCGACUCCGAGCAGACCGGCAGUGACCUCGCCGCCGCCCAAGAAGAGCUCGCUGAUUCCGAAACCACCCUCGCCGCCCACAAAGAGGAAAUGCAAUCCCUCGAGUCCGAACAAUCCACCGCCAAAUCCGCCCAUGACGAAGCCCAAGCAGCCCUCACCGACGAACGCGCCAAACUCACAUCCUUCGACGAAGAAAUCGCUGACCUCGAAGCCGCCUCCAAACGCAAAUCCCAACAAAUCGCCGACGAGAAGCUUGAAGCCCAGAAACUCGGCCAUGACAUCGACAACUUCGCCAAAGCGCAGCAGACCGCCCAGUCCGCCCUCUCCAUAUUAGAGAAAGAACACGACUGGAUCCACGAAGAAGCCUCCUCGUUCGGUAAACCUGGCACCCCGUACGACUUCCACGGCUCCAACAUCCACGAAGCAAAAUCCAACCUAAAAACCGUCACCGAGCGCUUCCAAGGCAUGAAGAAGAAGAUCAACCCGGCGGUGAUGAACAUGAUCGACUCGGUGGAGAAGAAAGAAGCCUCCCUCAAACAAAUGAUGCGGACCGUGAUUAAAGAUAAACGCAAGAUCGAGGAGACGAUCGGAAGUCUAGAUGAGUAUAAGAAGGAGGCGCUGGAGAAGACUUGGCGGAAGGUGAAUGAGGAUUUCGGGUUGAUUUUUAAUGAUCUUCUGCCGGGGAAUACGGCCAAGUUGGAUCCGCCCGAGGGGAAGAGUAUUGCGGAGGGCUUGGAGGUGAAGGUUUGUUUGGGGAAGGUGUGGAAGCAGUCGCUCACUGAGCUGUCUGGGGGGCAGCGGUCUCUCAUCGCACUCUCCCUCAUCCUCUCCCUCCUCCAGUACUCCCCGGCCCCCAUGUACAUCCUCGACGAAGUCGACGCCGCGCUCGACUUAUCGCAUACACAAAACAUCGGCCGCUUGAUCCGGACGCGGUUCAGGGGGAGUCAGUUUAUCGUGGUGAGUUUGAAGGACGGCAUGUUUGGGAACGCGAAUCGGAUUUUUCGGACAAGGUUUAUGGAUGGGACGAGUGUGGUGCAGGUGUUGGGGCCGGGGGAUGUGCGAUGA